UGAUGUUCCCAACAGCUGACAGACGGUGAAAGCCUCUGCCACAGAGCUGUCGGUGAAAGCGAGCAGCCUGUCGUCGGUAGCCUGUACGGACCGAAAAUACAAGUCGAGCCCUUCUGGACGUCGCACCGCUUCACCCCCUGCUCCGCCAUCGAGCAUCUCGUUUUGAGCAAAACAAAAUAUCUCCUCUUGCAUCCUGACUUUUUUCUGUUGCUGUUUUUAUUUCAUUUUUCCUGACCGGGAGCUGGAGAGGAGGGGGAGAGACAUUUGCUGUCAGCUAACUUCCACAAUAGGUCCCUGCGUCGCUGGACUGCUGCUGCAUGUGUUUUUAUUUUUUUUAAUUUAUUUUUCUAUUUUUGCUUAACAGUUUGACUAUAGCCCUUCCAGCCGUGGCCCAAUGCUGAGGAAUGGAUAGCGUGUCUGCUAAAGGUGGGAAGAUGGUCGAGAGUGAUGAGCAGCCGGAGAGGGACAGCGGCGGCGGUGGCGCAGCGAUGGCCGCACUACAUCAAUGCGAACUCAUCCAGAAUAUGAUUGAAAUCUCCAUCCCCAGUUUACAGGGGCUACGGACCAAAUGCGCCGCGUCCAACGACCUCACGCAGCAAGAAAUACGUACUUUGGAGGUGAAGCUGAUGAAAUACAUCUGUAAACAGCUGCAGUGCAAGCAGAAAGUGCCAGAGACGGAGAGGCCCGAGGCCCUGGACAGCUACCCGCACCUCCGAGACUGGCUCCGCACCAUCAACCUGCGACCGGAGCUCAUCGAGGCGGUGGAAGUCAAGUUGUCUCUGGAUGCCUUACUGCAGAUGUCAGGCGCUCAGGUGAGGGACACCAUGGGAAGACUGGGGUCCAGUUCAGAAGAAUGUGCCAGGCUCAGUGCUGCCCUCUCCUGUCUGAAGAGUGCCACUGAAUCAGGAGGCGAACUGAGGGAAGACAGCAUUCCCUGGCUGUCUGAGCCCACGAGGAGGGACAGUGGCUCUCUGCCUGCAGACCAGCUCACCUGCUUUGGGACUCCACUCCGCCCUCACAGCCCCUCGCCUCUCGCCCGUCCGUCCGCCAUCCACUCCACCCCGUCCACGCCCUGCGCUACCUUCCCUCAUCCCCGCUCGGGCUCGGUGUCGGCGGCGCCCACGCCCGAGGCACUGGCGUCGUACGGCUACUGCGAAAGCCCCCUCACGGAUCCGUUCCCGAUGUCCUUUUCCCGCACGUCCCGGCUCCACGGGCACACGUCCACGCCGCCCAUAACUCCGCCCUCCAAGAGGCGCCAUCAACUGAAACCCCCCUGCACUCCUCCGCCUCCGUCGCGCAAAGUGCUGCAUCUCCUUCCCAACAUCACCCUGACGCGCAGCAAAAGCCACGAGUCCCAGCUGGGCAACCGCAUCGAGGACCCGCCCACCAACAAGUGUGCUAAAAAGAACAAGUUGUUACUGAAUAUGCACGUUAACGGGAAUGGAUGUGAGGACUCGGCUUCUCGUUACCCCGUCAUGUCUGCGCGCACCCCCGGAGUCCCCCCAGCUCCCACCACAGUGUCUUACACCCUGCCCGGCACGCCCACCCUCCUGGAGGAGCACAUCAGCAUUAAGAACCACGUAGCAGUGCAUCGCGGCUCCCCACAAGCAGUGAGGAGGGACAUCGGCCUAGCAGUCACACACAGGUUUUCAACCAAGUCCUGGCUGUCCCAGACAUGUCAGGUGUGCCAGAAGAACAUGAUGUUUGGGGUUAAGUGCAAACACUGUCGGUUAAAGUGCCACAACAAAUGCACAAAGGAAGCCCCGUCCUGCAGAAUCUCCUUUCUACCAAUCGCCAAAAUUCGGAGGACUGAGUCCGUUCCGUCUGAUAUAAACAACCCUGUGGACCGGCCGUCAGAAUCACCGCAGUUUGGCACACUACCGAAGGCCAUUACAAAAAAGGAUCAUCCUCCUGUGCUGAGCCAGCUGGACUCCAGCAGCAAUCCGUCCUCCACCACCUCGUCCACACCUUCCUCCCCCGCGCCCUUCCAGCAGAGCUACGCCCCGAGCGCCACCCCGCCACCCAACCCGUCGCCCAAGGGCCAUCGGGACAUCCGCUUCAAUUUCCCCGCUGCCUGUUACUUUCAGCAUAGACAGCAGUUUAUCUUCCCCGAUGUCUCCAGUCCUGCUCAUUUGCACCCCGAUGUCCUCCAAGACACCAUCAGUGAGAAAGAGCAGCCGGCGGAUGACAUACACACCGAUCUGGUAGAAGAUGAAGAUGAAGAGGAAGGAGAGGAGGAAAUAGAGGACGAAGACGAAGACCCCGAAGCGGAGGACAAUAACGAGGAGGAUGAAGGGGAAGAGGAGGACAUGAGGAUGAACGAGGGCUCGGACGGCGAGUGCGAUGAGCUGGAUGACCUGCCCGGCUCUCGGGGGACCCAGUGGAAGGGUCCCAUCUCCCGCAAGGCGAGUCAGACCAGCGUCUACCUGCAGGAGUGGGACAUCCCCUUUGAGCAGCUGGACCUCGGGGAGCUCAUCGGAAAGGGCCGCUGGGGCAGAGUGCAUAAGGGGCGGUGGCACGGCGAGGUAGCCAUCCGGCUCCUCGAGAUCGACGGCAACAACCAGGACCACCUGAAGCUCUUCAAAAAGGAGGUGAUGAACUACAGACAGACCAGGCACGAGAACGUGGUCCUCUUCAUGGGGGCUUGCAUGGCUCCGCCCCACCUCGCCAUCAUCACCAGUUUCUGUAAAGGGAGGACCCUGUAUUCGGUUGUAAGAGACACCAAAAACACGCUGGAUAUUAAUAAGACGAGACAAAUUGCACAGGAGAUCGUAAAGGGAAUGGGCUAUCUGCACGCUAAAGGCAUCGUUCACAAAGACUUGAAGUCAAAGAACGUUUUUCAUGAUACCAAUAAAGUCAUAAUCACAGACUUCGGGCUGUUUGGGAUCUCUGGAGUUGUUCAGGAGGGGAGGCGCGAGAACAAACUAAAACUUCCACAUGGCUGGAUUUGUUAUCUCGCACCAGAGAUUGUGCGCAGGAUGAGCCCAGGUAACAACGAGGACCGCCUCCCCUUUUCCACCGCAGCCGACGUGUACGCCUUCGGCACCAUUUGGUAUGAGCUUCAAGCUCGAGACUGGCCAAUCACCAACCAGCAUGUGGAAGCCACCAUCUGGCAGGUGGGGAGCGGCGAGGGCAUAAAGAAGGUCUUGGCGGAGAUCAGUCUGGGCAAGGAGGUCACUGAGAUCCUCUCCGCCUGCUGGGCGUACGACCUGAGGGAGAGGCCGACCUUCACCCAGCUGGCCGACAUGCUGGAGAAGCUGCCCAAACUCAACCGCAGGCUCUCCCACCCCGGACACUUCUGGAAGUCUGCAGAGUAGGUAUCCAGAAGGGAAGGACGGUGUGGAGACACACGGGACACGGGCACGCACAACCAGAAUAUCAGAUCCCCGAGUUCUUAUUGUGUCGUUCUGGUUCCUCGUGGUACAGAUGCUCGACCACAGCCUCCAGGGGGUGGGGUCGAGGUUACAUCAUCUUAUUCAUAAAUAGGAUUUGGGAAUUCAUAUGUGUUUGACAUAUUUUGACAAUACCAUAUGGCUAUAAAUCUAUAUGGCAUUGUCUAUGAAGUGUUUCAUAGUUUCUGUUCAGCGUCAUGAGUCAUGACCCCCGCGGCGUCGCUCCCCUCCAUCUCGGCUGCUGCUUGCUCUCUAAUCUAAUCCAAUGUGAACUUUUGUGGUUUGUAUAUGUAAAUGUGAAUUGUAAAGUUUAAUUUAUUCAUGUUCACAAAGAACUCCCUGACAACUGUCCCACGGUGCGUUUUUGACAGCAAAAUGUUUUUGCGGGGCCGUGACUUUUUGGCAUGUCACGGGCCACAUCACAGGCUGUCGCAGUCUGAUUGGAUCCUUUGUUGUCAUGGCAAUUUCCAGUAUCCUAAACGAGGCUGGCAGGGCAAGCAAAGACUCAUGAGACAGAUCCACAAGGAUGUAAAAUGGUGUGUGUGCGUGUGUGUGUGAGCGAAACAACAAUUGUGUGAGUACCACCAGAAGGAAGAGGUUAAUUAACCCUGUGAUCCCUCAGUUAAUUCCCUUCCUAGAUGUCACUGUCUCCCCGUUAUGUAACUUAUAUUGUGAAGUUGAUCGCAGCAGCCGUGUGUGUGUGUGUGUGUGUGUGAUAAUGCUGUACGUCUCUUCACCAGAAUGGAUUUCAUUCUCCUUUUAUUACCCGGACCAGUUUGUGUUCCGCUUCCUGCCGCCUCACGUAAUCUAUGCAUUUAUUGAGACGACUUCAUUACAGUUUUCCAAACUUGUUUUCUGUUUCUUAUUUAUGAUUUGCUUCUCAGUGACAGCUUCACUAUCUCUCCCACACAGUCGAAUGCCAGUUUGGUUUUGCUGGACGAUGGGAGCGACGCAAGCUUGUUUUCUUUCGAGUGAAUUCAGAUGACUUAACGAGGUCUGCAUGAUCCCAAAACGAUGAGUUGUUGGUUGAGCUCAUGCAGCCUGACCAGUUUUUCGGGCGUGGUCAUCCUCGGACUAACCGAUGCGUGUGUGAUAUCUUGCUGCUUUUCAAUGGCGCUUCCUGCACUGUGAAGCCGUAACACUUCCACUAACCGGCUAACGUUUGUGUUCUCCUUUUGCUCUUUUCUUGUUUCUCCCUCUUCCAAUCUAGGUUGUAGCCGUCACUCUGAAACCUAAGCAAUGCAAAACAAAAGCCCUGGACUGCCUUGCAUGCUCUUGUAUCCUUAACUCUUACAGGAUUGAUCAAAGCAUUGCCUCUGCCUGAAACAGACACCGCUUCCACUCAUCCACAGUCUGACCUUCCGUGUCUAACCGUCGCAUUUUGUUGCCGGGAAGAGAGGAUCGGCGGAGCGAGGUGUGACGGUUGGGGAUGGGAUGGGAUGGGCACAGCUGUCGUCCUUUACGCUUUCCCUCCUGUCGUCUGAUGUCUCUUUGCCUUUUCCUUUUGGGGUUUUCUCUGUUCUGUAACGUUGUUCCGGGACUCCCGAUGCUUUGUGAAUAACUGGCUGGUGGCGUCCGUGCCGCGGGCCGCCCGCCCUGCUGCUGCCGCCGCUGGCUCGCCCAGCCCGCCCCGCCCCGCCCACCUUCUCUGUGCUGCUGUGAUGUGGCUGUUAUUUUUCUCUCCGCGAAAAACACACGAGCACAAAAAGUUAAUAAAUAAAUAUAAAAAAACGUAACACUGCUGCUGGACCCCCACCACCACCAAACGGACCGCUUCAUUUCUCUGUGUUUUCUCACACACACGUUUGCAGGCUUGAGUGAUGGCAUGUGCUAAGAUGGUCACCGGCCCAUGUCUAGACACCUUAUGCACUUUGUCAACAGGAGGAAAAAAAAUAAUCAUGACCUAUUUUUGUUGUUUGGUUUUUGAAUAGUCACAUUUGCAGUGUUUUUUCUUGUUUUGUCUUCAGGAGGCUUGCACAGUGUGAUAUGCUCACUUGUUUGUGGUCUUUUUGGAGUAUAACCUGGUAAAUCCACUGUUUGUUGGAUGCAUUUGAUAAACGGGCCCUGAUGGAGACUUCUGUUUGCUAAACUACAGCUGAAAGUCAGUCAGUCACAAUCAACUUGGGAAAAGAAUAAAGAGGGCAAAAUGUCCUUCCUUUGAUGUGUAAAGUGCACCUUAUAAGAAUAGAGUUAUUUAGGAUGAAACUUGUGUUAAGAAGUGCAAAAAUAAGUAUAAAUCAGGAACCUGGUGCAAAAAGUGUCCUAUAUCUUCCUAAAACAUUACCUCUUGUGCGCUCUUGUGUAUACUGUUUGUGAUUGCUGGCUUCAGUGGGCGUGCUUGUAUUUAUGUUUGUGUGGGGGGGGGGGGGGGGUGCACGUGCGACUGAGAUGAGGGUCCUGAUUGGAAUUCGUCGGGCUUGGUUUUUUGUGAAAGACUGCGGUAAAUGUUGUUGCAAAUCCAAUGGUAUGUAAUGUACAUACAUUAUUUUAUGUAUAGCAAAUGAACAUGGUUCUUCUAAUAUUUGUACACACUUUUUCUAUGUAAAAUACAUCCCAACAUGUUUUGAAUAGGUACUGCUAUGGCUAUUACAGAUGUGUAUAUAUAUUUAUAUUUUUUUCAGGUAUAAAAUACUGUAUAAAAGCUGUACAACUUUUUUUAGAAUGGGCCAAUACAUGUUUUUUAUGUUAUUGUAAAAAUUCAUAUUUUUGUAUUGCAUGUGACUACCAUUCUGUACCCGCUGUUUCUGUUUUCAUCCAUGAAAGACAAUAAAAUGAGGCUUGUCAUGUA